GUUGCUGACAGCGAGAGCGGCAGCAGCAGCAGCAGCGGCGGCAGGACUUUGGGAAAGCGCGUCUCAAGUAGCAUCUCGGCACCAGGACGACGGCAGGUGAGCUCAGACACCUUUUCCGGUCCAUCAGCUCAGCCUGAUACUGAAGCGCAAUGCCUUCUAAAAGUAUCGUGGCACAUUCUGCGCUUAGGGUGUCACUUCCUGAAGUAAAGGGGGGAGGGAGGUGAUAUGAUGUGAAACUUCAGCGCAGUAAAAGCCAAACAAACCUCUUCAGGAUCAGCAUGAGCAGCUGAUGACUGACGACCGCCCUCCCUCCCUCCCUUGCGAGAUCAUGAGCGCGCAGGGCCGGAGAGUGCGCUUGAAGCCUUGGCUCGUGGCUCAGGUGGACAGCGGCCGUUUCCCCGGCCUCCAUUGGGUCGACUGGGAGCGCCGACUCUUCCAGAUCCCCUGGAAGCACGCCGCGCGCAGCCUGCCGACGACGCAUCAAGAGGAAAGCUCCAUCUUCAAGGCGUGGGCGCUGGAAACGGGCAAAUUUCAGGAAGGUGUGGACGAGGCCGAUCCGGCCAAGUGGAAAGCAAACCUGCGCUGCGCGCUCAACAAGAGUAAAGAGUUUCGGCUCCACUUUGACGGCACCAAAGAGACGCCCCUGCAGGCCUACAAAAUCUACCAGCUUGUAGACUCAGGUCAAGUCUUGCUUUGCUCCAGGCUUCCUUUUUCCAUGUCAUUUUUGCGUGCUCCAGGGAGGCUUCCUUCCUUUUUCAACCUUCUUUUUGCAUACUUCAGGCUUCUUUUUUCAACCUUGCCUUUGCUUUCAGAUGCUGCCGCCGCCGCCGACGAGAUGCCAAACGUGACAGAGCUGACCAUCGACGCCGGGAUCUGCCGCCCGGCCUCUUCCGUGUCCGUCCUGCCGCCGCACGGUGAUGCCAACCGCUUCCGGGUAUCCGCCGUCGCCUCCGAACUCCCUCGGCAGGACUUCCAAAUAUUUGAUGAGGUCGACCGCCCGGAGGUGAGCAACGAGGUCCGGGCUCAAGUGGACUCUGCAAACCUGCUCGCCAGCAUACCGUCAACAGAUCUGGAUCUGAAGUUUCAGUACCGCGGCCGCUCCGUGGGUUCGCUGACUGUCAGUAGCCCCCAGGGCUGCCGGCUUUUCUACGGCCAGCUGGGGCCCGACCCGCGGCAAGUGGACCUGUUUGGACCCGUCGACCUGCAACAGGUUUCCUUCCCGGGGACUUCGGAGAUCCUGAGCCAGAAACAGCGCCAAUUCACAGAGGCCCUGCUGAGCGUGAUGGAUCGCGGACUCAUCCUAGAAAUCUGGGAGCAAGACAUCUACGCUGUCCGCCUCUGCCAAUGUAAGGUGUACUGGUCUGGACCGGGCGCACCCCAUCAGGGUGGGCCCAAUCAGUUGGAGAGGGAGAGGAGGGUCAAAGUGUUCAGCCUCAACGACUUCCUCCAAGGACUGAUCUUGUACCAGAAGGGCGAGGCUGGGAAUUCCCCCCCUUACGAGAUCUGUUUCUGCUUCGGGGAGGACUGGCCCGAUGACCAGAAACCAAAAGAGAAGAAACUCAUUGUGGUUCAGGUGGUUCCGGUAGUGGCUCGAAUUCUAACAGAGAUGUUCUCAGGUGAGCACAGCUGGUCCAUUGAUAGCAUCCGCCUGCAGAUCUCCAACCCGGAUGUAAAGGACCAGACAGUGGAGCAGUUCAAAGAGCUCCAGAGACUCCUGCAGAGUCAAAAUCUCCAAGGACCCUGAACUGCCGCUAUCCCCCGACAAGCGCCACUCACAGCCCCCCGCGCCUGAUUCAAACUAGGAGAUCCAUCCGUACCACUCAUUCUUUGCAAGAUAGUGCAUUUGGAUUUGUGUGUGUUUAUUUGUGCAUCAGGUCGAUGUUCAUUUCAAGAUCUGAUUCUGCAACUCAAUACACUCUUUGGCUUUUAUUGA